GCCUUAGCUAGCGGUGGAACGAGACGGACUAUUCGGUUCGUUCUCGCAGUGUCCGUCUCUCUGAACUCAACUGUCUUGACACAUCCGCCAUGAUACCUCGGUGAGGUCGAGCCAGCUCACCCCACCUCUUCGCCAUCCGGAAUCAUUCCCACUGUUUGGAAGGAGCAUCCCCCUCGAUCCUUCACCCUGCACUGUCGACUAUUGAUACACAUCGAUCACUAUGGAAGCUGAUACUGUUCAGUUACUCCGUGCGGACGGCGUGAGUUCGUAUCGGUACUUCAUAGCGGCUUGGGCCGUAUGGGUCUCUUCAUUUUCAAUUGGAACCUGUUAUGGCUACUCUGCGCCAGCCAAAAAAUCUAUGGUGACUAUCGAUGAGUUUCCCAUAUCGGAUUACCAGUUCAGUUGGCUGGCUAGUAUUCUCACCUUGGGCGGGCUCCUCGGUGGACUCACUGGAGGAAUUUUCAGUGAGCGCAUAGGCCGCAGAUGGACCCUCAUUCUUGCCUCUCUAGGGGUCAUUGUUGGAUGGCAGACGAUUAUUUGCGCAUAUUCUGUAGCUUGUUUACUGUUUGGACGAUUUCUAUGCGGGUACUGGAUAGGUGUCAUGUCGCUCGUAGGACCGGUCUACUUGAGCGAGGUUGCACCAUCGGCUGUUAGAGGGCGGCUCUCAUCCGCCAUUCAGUUAUUCAUCGUUUCCGGACUGCUAUCGAUGUAUCUGGUCGCGAAAUUCUGGUCGCGAAAUUCUUCAUGGAAAUGGCUUGCGCUAUUCGGAAUGGUCUUUCCCGCAGUAACCGUUCUACUCCUCCUGAUGUCCGUGGAGAGUCCGGCGUGGUACUUCAGUCGUCAAUUGGACUCGAAAGCUACUCGAGUAAGACUGCCGCUUUGAACAGCUCGUUGCUCAAGACAUACGGAAGAUCAGCGGAUUUACGCACCUAGAGAUAUGCCUCUAUCCGACUGUGUCCUCAAUCCUGCGAUUGAUCGACUUUGAAUCAUCGUGAUUUUCUGGCACACGAUUCACAAUCUCUGUGGUCUUACAGGUAUCAACGCGGUGGUUUUCUACGCAGAUGACAUUUUCCACAAGGCCGGGACCGUCCUCUCAGCGUACACGUGCAUGGUGGGAUUCGGACUAGGUCAGGUCAUCGGAUCAAUUCUAAACAUACCCCUCAUCGAUCGUUUCGGACGCCGUUUCCUCCUCAUCGUGUCGUCGGUGCUGGUCAUCAUCUCUCUGUUCCUCAUGAGCUUCUACUUCAUCGAGCUGAAACCGAGAGGAGAACUCGCUUGGGCGCCGAUAGUCAUAAUGUCUGUGUACACGAUCGCUUUCGCGAUAGGACUUGGUUCUGUUGCUUGGGUGAUGAUGGGUGAAAUUCUCCCGAUCAGAUGUAGAAGCUACGGGAGUGUCAUCGCCACCAGCGUAAACUGGGCCGGUGCCUUCAUGGUGACGAAUCAGUGGUACAACCUCCAGCACGCUCUCUCGACCGCGGGGGCGUACGCAUUUUUCGGCUCAAUUUCACUCGCAUUCCUGGUAAUCCUGGUCGUGAAGCUCCCGGAAACAAAAGGGAGAUCCUUAGCCGAAAUUGAAAGCUAUUUCGUGAAAUUGAGGAGAGUGGAUCAAAGCGUAGAGAGCUCGAUAGGUUAUCCGGCAAGCGACGUAUCAACGUAAGGAUUCCACGAACCAAUGGCGCGGAGUCAACCCACGAGAAGUUGGCAAGCCACGAGCUGCGGAAAAUCGCGGCUCUCUGCAAACGAUGGGAUUCGUAGAAAUCAUUGAGCCGAUGCGCGACAUCAACGUACAUCUGAAACACAGAUUGUCUAGGGUUCUUCUGCUGUAUCGCUUAAGUCUGACAGGUGCUCACGGUUGAUGAUAAUGAUUACGGAUGACAAUGCGACAUACGUUCCCCGAGAGGAUAUGAGGUGUUUUCGAGAAGAGACACCCGGAGAAAGUUCCCUAUUUUCGAGAGAUUGAAUUGAGGUCGUCUGAAUCUCGCUAGUUGAACGACCGCUUCGCGAGACAUUAAUCUAAUAGAGGUAGGAUAAAGAAUGCCAUGAUCUCUGAAGCAAUAAAAAGUCUAUGCAUAA